AAAUUAAAUUUAUAUUUAUUAAAUUAUAUAUUUUUAAUCAUUAAAUUAAAUAAAAUUAAAUAAUCUAAUCGAUUUAUUUUUAUUUAAUUAAUUUCUUAAAUUCAUUUUGGUUUGAUUUGCAAUAAUCACAAUUAAAAUUUUCAGUUUUGGUUGAAUUAGAAACCGAUCCUACCGUUAGCUCUUGAGACAUGCACGCUGCCACUAGCAAAUGAACCAAAACGGAAAUCAACCAUAGAGACCCUUUUUCGCCACCGACCACAGAAGGAAAGCUGCUCGCUAGCUCUCUUUAUCUCCAAUACAGAAAUCCUCUAAAACCCUCUUUCCCUAUUAACCAUAUCAAACCUUCUCUCUAUCUGUCUAACCCCAAGAAACUCUCCAAUGGCGAUCAAGAACCUUACUUUUCUCAUCUUUCCUCUUAUUUUCUCUUUGCUUAUGCUCUGCUCUCAACAUCUUGCGCACAGUGCGUCGGUUUUCUCAACCACAACAGGGGGGCGAUGGGUCCUUCUCCAAGAAAGCAUAGGCAUUUCUGCCAUGCACAUUCAGGUCCUCAAGAACAACAAGGUCAUCAUCUUUGAUCGCACUGAUUUUGGCGCCUCCAACCUUUCUCUUCCUGACGGCAACUGCGGCUAUAUCGAUGAGACUGUCAGACCCAAAGAUUGCACUGCACAUUCUGUCCUCUACGACAUCGCUUCCAACUCAUUCCGUCCUCUCACCAUCCUAACCAACACCUGGUGCUCUUCAGGGGCUGUCGAUCCCAACGGCACUCUUAUCCAAGCCGGCGGCGACAAAAAAGGUGAGCGCGUAAUUCGUUCAUUCACGCCCUGCGAUGAUAAUUCUUGCGACUGGGUUGAGUUCUCUGCGCCCCUCUUGAGCCGGAGAUGGUACGCCAGUAGUCAGAUACUCCCUGAUGGUCGCAUCAUUAUUGUUGGUGGCAGAAGGGUUUUUACCUACGAGUUUUAUCCCAAGAAUUUUAAAAUACGGGAUAACAUUUUCUUGCAUUUCUUGGUAAAAACCAAAGAUCCACAAGAAGAGAACAAUCUUUAUCCCUUUUUACACCUCUUGCCUGACGGGAAUCUUUUCAUUUUUGCCAAUAAUCGGUCUAUCUUGCUUGAUUAUACGAGAAACAAGGUGAUCAAGGAGUACCCAGUUUUGCCCUACGGUGCUAGGAACUUCCCUUGCACCGGCUCUUCCGUUUUGCUUCCUCUCCAGUUAAACAGAGGGACUGACAUGGCUGAAUUACCACAAGCGGAGGUGAUGAUCUGCGGUGGCUCAAAGCCCGGUUCGUAUGUCAAGGCUUACAUGGAGCACGUUUACGACGAAGCGUCGAGGACAUGUGGGAGGUUAAAAGUGACAGACCCGAAACCCAAUUGGAGCAUGGAGCUCAUGCCCACUCCGCGGGUCAUGAACGACAUGUUAUUAUUACCCACCGGUGCCGUCAUCAUUAUCAACGGCGCCACUAAUGGCAGCGCUGGCUGGAACGACGCCGUGAACCCGGUUUUCCACCCUUUUCUAUACCUCCCUGAAGAGAAUCCGGCCCAGAGAUUCGUGGUCCUGAACCCAUCGAACAUUCCAAGAAUGUACCACUCCACAGCAGCGCUUUUGCCAGAUGGAAGGAUCCUAGUGGGUGGAAGCAAUCCACACCCAACGUACAACUUCACAGCAUAUCCAUACCGGACAGAACUAAGUUUGGAGGCUUUUUACCCGCCAUAUCUGGACCCACUGUACGUACAUCUAAAACCGUCAAUCCUGGGAGUGGAGUCGACAGGGAAAACGGUGUCGUACAAGGAGAUGUUCACAGUGACAUUCGUGUUGACGCUUUACCGUUCAGAUUUGGGGAUAUCGGUGGUGAUGAUGACGCCGUCGUUUAAUACGCACUCAGUGUCCAUGAACCAGAGGAUGUUGGUGUUGAAGGUGGUGAACGUAGAGAGGCUGUCUGCUUAUGGAUAUAAGGUCAACGCGAUUGGGCCCACCAAUGUCAAUGUGGCCCCACCUGGGUAUUAUAUGCUUUUUCUGGUCAACGCUGGCAUUCCUAGCCAUGCCGUUUGGGUCAAGCUGCGCUGAAUAAUAGUGAUCCAGUUUGGAUGAUGCUGCUGCUUAGGACAUUAAUUACUCGUAGGUUUUCUAUUCUUUUUGCUGGUUAGGAGGGGAAAAAAGGAAUCGAAUAGUGUAGUUGGAAUCCCAUGUAAACAAGAAUGUAUGUAUUUGUUUGAUAUUAAGCUGCAAAUUUCAAUUCCGGUUCUCCACAAAA